AAGUGGCUUGGUUUAAAAAAAAAAAAAAACGUUAAGUCAGAUCAGGAAGUGUGAUGCUGUGACAGGACAGGAGGAAACAGGCUCAGAAUGGCAGUGUGUGUCUCUGCUUGAUAACAUGGCGGCCCCCCGGCUGAAGACCCCGGCUCUGAUCCUGCUGCUGCUCAGCGCUCUGACCGGGACAGCAUUUUGUCAACACAAGACAUCAAAUGAAACAAGAAAAUAUAACAGUCCAACAAGUAAUAACGUUUCCACUACAACUCCUCCAGCUUCUCCAGGGACUAAUGACAGAUCCACAAACACAACACAAGGAGAAGUUUCUGAAGAAUCUGGUUCAGGUGAACCUGAUGCUUCACCAGAAAUUGUGCUUAUGACUGAUCAAUCAGGAACUGAAAACGGGGAAAUUGUUGACCUACCCAUCCUGAUUGGUGCGGUUGUGGCGAGCGUUAUCAUUGGUGGAAUCAUUAUCAUUGGCGUUGUUGUCUGGCGCAGGCGCAGUAAAAAAGCAUGGAACCAAGAGCUUACAAAAGAAGACCCACACUUGGACGGACCAAGCUCAGAGAAGGUCCCUAUGCCAAUGUUCGAAGAAGACGUGCCAUCUGUGCUGGAGCUGGAAAUGGAUGAACUGGACCAGUGGAUGAAGAAAGACUGUUAGAGGAUGACACAUCCCAAGCCGAGCUUCACUUCCAUCUUUCAUAUUCCAACUCUGUCUCCGCUGUUUUUCCCCAAUCCAGAGGUGCUUAUUUCUUGUCAGGAGUGAACAGUGAUAUGCUGGACACAACGCAGCGAAGCGCCUGUCUCAAAGGAGCUGCACCUCAGCGCUCGGGUGGAGCAACACCUCCUGGUCGUCCCUCAGUGGAGACAAACUGCUACUGACGAUGUCAUUACUAACGCUUUUUUGAAUGUGUUUCAAUGCACAUUUCAUCUGAUCUUUUACAUAUAAAACACAGAAGAAAAAAAAACUCAACCAAACGUGUCCUCAGUGAUACUAGAUUCACACAAUUGGUCUGUGUGUGUUCAGCUCGGCGUGUAAUGGGAAAAUAAUCCUCCCCAGCCCUUCCAGAUGACUGCUCACUGCUCCCCCGGUGGCUUUUCCUCUUGCUCAAAUGUUACAUGACUCCCUCCAGCUGCAGGUUGUAAUGACUGUGGGCACGCAUGACGGAGAACAUCUGUUUGUCAUCGUUUGCAGAACAGCUCUGAAUUUACACAGAGAUCGUUUUUAUUCUAGGUCUCUCGGUCUCGAAGCGACGAGACUCCGGCUUCCGAGGCUUUUGAUAAAUUAUUGGCCACUUUGCAAAAGCGGCUGUUGAUCAGAUAAGAGAUACCAGAUGAAUAUCUUGACUGAGUUCCUCUGAUCGCCUGAUGCUUCUCACAGAUUUUCUUCCCUGCCGGUUUUGCCUGUGAAAGUUGUCGGAUGUGAACGAGUAAACACUGAUGCAGAUGUGAGUUCUUCCAGAUUCAGACAGUGUCGGACGCGAAUUUGCACUGUAAAUAUUUCAAUGCCAAAAUAUGUUAUUGUGACAUUUCUGUAAAUAUACAACGUGUGGAGUUUUGUUUGGCUUGUGAAGCUCUUCACUUCCAUGAUUAAAGUGUCCCGAUGAAAAGAC